GCCACUAGUAGACAUUCUGCUAGCAAACAGAGGGACUGUGUGAAGAUGUGGAGAUUGACUUGUGCCACUUUGACCCUACUCAUAUGUGUUAAAGGUUCACUUUCUCAGUUGAAUGUUUGUGGACAAGCCCCUCUGAACUCCCGUAUUGUAGGGGGUGUAAAUGCACCUGAGGGAUCAUGGCCUUGGCAGGUUAGUCUACAGAGCCCUAGGUAUGGUGGUCAUUUUUGCGGAGGCUCCCUGAUCAGCAGUGAAUGGGUGCUGACAGCUGCUCACUGUUUACCUGGUGUCUCUGAAUCCAGUCUUGUUGUGUACUUGGGAAGGAGAACACAGCAGGGAGUCAACACUCAUGAAACUAGUAGAAAUGUUGCAAAAAUAAUCGUUCACUCCUCCUACAACAGCAACACAAAUGACAAUGACAUCGCUCUGCUGCGCCUGUCUUCUGCUGUUACCUUCAAUGACUAUAUCAGACCUGUAUGUCUGGCGGCCCAGAACAGUGUCUAUAGUGCUGGCACCAGCAGCUGGAUCACAGGCUGGGGAGAUGUUCAGGCUGGAGUGAAUCUACCUGCUCCUGGGAUUCUGCAGGAGACUAUGAUUCCAGUUGUGGCCAAUGAUCGAUGUAAUGCUCAACUGGGUUCUGGAACUGUCACCAACAACAUGAUCUGUGCUGGUUUAGCAAAGGGAGGCAAAGACACCUGCCAGGGGGAUUCUGGUGGUCCAAUGGUGACUCGGCUGUGUACAGUGUGGAUUCAGGCUGGUAUCACCAGCUGGGGUUAUGGCUGUGCUGACCCCAACAGUCCUGGGGUUUACACUCGUGUGUCACAGUAUCAGAGUUGGAUUUCAAGCAAAAUCAGUCAGAACCAACCAGGAUUCAUUCUCUUCACCCCACCAAGUUCAUGCACCUCCAGCAGCCUAACCUCAUCUUCCUGUAGCGGGAGAUGCAAUGAGGUGUACAACACACUCAAUCGCUGCAACUGCAAUGCCAACUGUGCUACAAAAUGCUGCAUGGAUUACAAACAGCGUUGUGCCAGUUAAGAUACCUCCACGGAUUCAAAACAGCCUCGUAAUCGUAUCACUUGUGAAUAAGACUUUUACCUGCCUGUUUGUCCAGAAGACUUCAGUGCUGCUUUUAAAAUGUUGCACAGUCAGAAUUUCAGUGGAUACAGCCUUUCAAAGAGCUGCUUCACUCACUUCACUCAGGGGUGUACAUUCAUAUUUCUUUAUGUUUGAAAUAAUUUGAACACUUUCCCCUCUCUAUUAGUUGAGAGUGAUUUCUCUCUCUUGAUCUUUUCAACGUUUAUUUUUUAAAUUAGUAUUCUGGGUAUAUUAAAAUGAUACUUUAAAUAUUUUUUUUUUACAAAUUUCUUUCACAAUACAUUUCCGCUGCCAAAUGAGUGGCCAUUUCUCCAAAUUUAAAUAAAUGUCACAAUUCUGUGCCAUAAGUAAUGAUUUAAUAAUGGCUUUGACACAAUCAUUAAAUAACCCCAAACACCCUGUCUUUUCAUGCUUUUUGCAGAAAUAAAUUUUUCCAACAGUG